AUGUCUCUUAUAUCUAGUCCUUUUUUUUCUCUUUCUUUUUCUUUAUGGGCUUGGGUGACGAUUAAGUUGGAACUGCUUUCUCUCUCUCUCACCCUCUCUCUCUCUGUCUCUCUCUCCUUCGUCUUGGUGUGGCAGCAUUCUCCUUUGAGAUCUUUUCUUCCUUUCUUUCCUUGUCCCAUAACGGCAUUCCGCGUACGUCGUAGUUUAUUUCCCAGAAUCCAAACAUUUCUUUCGCGUUCCUCGCGCUUGCGUUCGGUCGUCUGUUCGAGGUUCGAAGAUGGACUUUUUUUUUGCAUAACCAACCAAAACUUUUGCGUUUAUAGCAAACGCGCCCAUCUAUUCCAUUCGAAGAUGAAUUCUCUUUCUUGUACCCAACCAAAUCUUUCGCUGACUCGCCCUUCCAACAUACACACUAACACGUACACACACACGUCUAUCUAUCUAUCUAUCUAUCUAUCUAUCUAUCUAUCUAUCUUUUUGAAAAGUUCUUGA